AUGUAUGCCUCUAAGGACAAAGAAUGUAACAUCUUUGUCGUCAGUCUGUCUGUAGCGGACCUAGUAGUCGCGGUGUACCCGUAUCCGCUCAUCUUGAGCGCCAUUUUCCAUAAUGGCUGGACACUGGGAAACAUUCACUGCCAAGUCAGUGGCUUCCUCAUGGGCUUAAGUGUCAUUGGGUCAAUUUUUAACAUCACAGUCAUAGCCAUCAACAGGUACUGCUACAUCUGCCACAGUCUCCGGUACGAUAAACUCUUCAACCUGAAGAACACCUGCUGCUAUCUUUGCCUGACCUGGAUCUUCACCGUGGUGGCCAUUGUGCCAAACUUUUUUGUUGGGUCCCUGAAAUAUGAUCCCCGGAUUUAUUCCUGCACCUUUGCCCAGACCGUAAGUACAUCGUACACCAUAACCGUGGUGGUUGUCCAUUUUCUGGUCCCCCUCUCGAUAGUGUCAUUCUGUUACCUACGGAUUUGGAUUUUGGUGAUUCAAGUCAAGCACAGGGUCCGACAAGACUCCAGGCAGAAGCUGAGAGCAGCUGAUGUUCGGAAUUUUUUGACAAUGUUUGUGGUUUUUGUCCUCUUUGCUGUGUGCUGGGGGCCGUUAAACUUUAUUGGUCUUGCAGUCUCCAUUAACCCCUCGGAAGUGGCGCCCAAAAUUCCUGAAUGGCUUUUUGUCCUGAGCUACUUCAUGGCUUAUUUUAACAGCUGCCUCAAUGCUGUGAUUUACGGGCUCCUCAACCAGAAUUUCCGGAAGGAGUACAAACGAAUACUGCUGACUCUAUGGACUCCGAGGCUGCUGUUUGUCGACGUGUCGAAAGGUGUGACAGAGGGACUGAAAAGCAAGCCCUCCCCCGUUGUAACGAACAACAACCAAGCUGAAAUACACUUAUGAGUCAGAGCCAUGCUACUUAGUCUGGGAUACAGUUGUGUAUAGUAUGCAAAAGCUUUUCUACCUGCACAUUUCAAAGCGAAUAUCACGGGGCACAAUACUUCUGGCCCUUACUCAUUCAAAAACCGAGUGCCCUGUUUUUCUGCACAUGGCGUCUUAGCAUCUUCCUCACAGAAGUAAUCCCAAAGAAGCGGAGGCUCUGAGUAAAGAUUUGCAGGAUGGAACCUGUUGACUUCAUUUUUCCUAUGCUGUUUUUCACCAGGUGCCUAGUUGACUUUAAUACCCUUGCGAUAUGGGUAUUAACAAUCUGUGAGAAGCAAAGUAUUCAAAGCACAUAUAGAUACAGUUGUAGUUAAGAACUGGCAAAAUCACCCUCUAUUUUACAUUUUUUUCCCUAAUACCAUCCUUUUAGUAAUAAUUCAUACUUAACCAAGAUCUGAGUUAUAAACUGCAUGAGUAACUUUGUACCUUUUUAGGUUAGUAGUAUUAGUCAUUGGUCACAUAUAUAGGCAUGAUGGCUUCCACUGUGUCUUUAGGUUUAGUAACUAGCCAGCACUGGAUGCAAGGCAAGGCAAAAGCACUGUUUUUAAUUGACUUUAUAUAUUGAACAUACUUGCACUUUUUUUUCCAGGCCAUGAACAAAAAUAUAACAAAUGACCUAACCUAACUGCAGAAAGAAGUUCUAAUUUUAGGCAAUAUCCCGUAAUGUCCAGCAUUCCUUCCAGACAUCUCUCAGAACAUCCCCAUCGCUUGAAUGUAAUGACACAUUGCAGAAUCCCAGCCUUUUAAUUCAGAUGCAGACUUUUAAUGAAUAAAUAUAAAGGAGAAUUCUGUGAAAAUAAUAUUUACCCUUGCAGACAAAGGCAGACAGAAAAGAGAACGUUCUUCCUAACCAUCUCUCAUCGCAUAAGCCCAUGACAUGAGUGCAAUGAAAAAAGGAGGUGGAUCGUUUUUGUCCUUUUUACUCUUGCUCAGAGUUGCAAUAUGUAAAUGAGACAGGAGAGCAUAUGUAAAAAUAUUUAUACUCCCCGAUAAAAGAGCGACGAUAUUCUUGGUUAAAGCCUGAGCUCUGUCCCUUUGUGGUUGCUGUCAAUGCAUUGGAGUAUCAUGUAGGUCCAUAUUAUGGGCGAAAUAUAUACACAGUUGGCAGAGUUAAGGCUUUUUCAGUUGGUGGCGGGGGGUGUUUGCAGAUGGGAAUUUUUUUUACCCUUAGACCAAAUUGCGUUCCCUCUUGAGGGGUCUUUUAAAAAACCGGUAGCUGAACAAAAUGUGGGCAUCUCGUGCUCUCGAAGUCCCAUUAAAUCAAUAGUCAAAACUCUUAGUGAUAUUCAUGAGCUUCAGUUCAAGCCAAUGCAAUUAGGCUGACUCUACGUGGGUCUAACAAUAGCAACGACUCUGCUCCUGUUGAAAUCAAUGGGAGCUACACUUUUGAUAUUGAUGGGUGCAGGGUCUGUUCCUUAUGGCAGAAUUUAGUCACAUGAAUAAAGACGGCAGAGUGUGGUCCUGUGUUUUGUCAAAGAUAGAAUUGAUACAAUUGCAUAUCUUUUUCUGAUUUACUUCUGAAAGAGGCUUUUCCGAAAUUUGGCUGAAUUUUGGGGAAAAACCUUCUUUUGGAACAUCCCUUCUUCCUCAUAAAACGAGGUUUACAGGGAUGCCGACAAAACGUGUCUGCUUUUUCGACAAUUUUUUUGGAAAAGUGGACACAUUCCUUGGACAAAGCAGAGCUUUUCUGGGAUACCGCUGGUAUCCUGAAAAAGCUCUACAAUCUAGACUAACCCUCAGUUCGGCAUUAGGGAAAUCUGUUGGUUUUUUUGGUCAUUGAUGUCAGUCAUUAGGAAAAGGAUUUAGCUUCUCCAAGACGUGCAAGCCCAAGAUUUUCAAAGGUAUUUAGGUAUUUAAGGGAAAUCGGUGCUGAGAGGGAUUUUCAAAAGCACUUAAGCAGGUUAGACACCUAAUUCUCAUUGAUGUUAACUUGCUUAGGCCCUUCUGAAAAUCCCACUAGGUGACUGUCUGCAUAGGUAGAUGCCUAAUUGCCAUUGUAAAUCUGGCCCUCAGUGCUUUCUGAGAGUUGCUGGAUGUGCCUCCCAUUGAAUUCUGUGGGUGGGGGACGGAUGAGGGGAGGAAUUGAGAAGCUGUUCAAGGACUAAGCCCCCCAAAUUUGCAAGGCUCAUCUCCUAAAUAAGCAAUCCAGUAUAAACAUCUGCCAUGUAGCCUGGCUUGUUACAAUACAAAUUUGUUAUUGCAAAUUUUCAGACUCAAACAUGUCGGACACUUCACAUGAUAAUUGUAUUUGAAAUGCUUGACGCAAUUACCUCAUAAUAGGCGCUAAGUUGAGGCAUGUUUUUAAAAACUGGCCUUUGCUUGUGCAGCCUAUGGCCAAAUAAGGGUAUCUAAACCCCCUCUCAAAUGAUGUGGGAAUCGGUCCUUUCCACUCCAAAAUAAUACCCCUCUGAAUGAAUUCAUAUCAUUCCAUGCAAACAAAAUCACAUUGAAUCAAACUUGGCUGCAAAAAGCACGAAGGAACUUUUAACGGCCCGGCAUGUCGUUCAAGCUGUACUUGUGCAGCAAGAUCCGUUGCAUCAUGGUUAUAGUUUCAACUUGUUUGUGAUGAGUUGUUUGUUAGGAUCACAUUUUCAAAUAAUAUCCUUAAAAAGGAGCAUAUUUGGUUUACUAAGACA